AUGGACUUCACAAUCCGGGCCGCCACGCUCGAGGACUGUAAGGAUAUCUCGCGGAUGAUUCUGGAACUGGCAGAGUAUGAGAAAGUUUCAGACCAGAUCAAGAUUACACAAAAAGAUCUGGAGCAGGAUGGAUUCUCCAAAACCCCUUUUUUUCAUGGAAUUAUUGCUGAAGUGCCGGAGCAUCUUAAGUCCAGAGAUGGUCAUACCAAGGUUGGUUACUCACUGUACUUCUACGCGUACAGCUCAUGGAAAGGUCGGGCUGUGUACAUGGAGGAUCUGUACGUGAUGCCAGAGUUCAGAGGGAAAGGCAUUGGCAAGGCUCUGAUGGCCAAAGUCUCCCAGCUUGGUCUGGCUGCUGGUUGCACUCAGCUGAAUUUCAUUGUAAUGGACUGGAACAAGUCAUCUCUUGACUUCUACCGAAAGCAGGGCUGCUGGGAUGUGACCUCCGAAUUCGGCUAUCGCUGCAUGUGCUGUGAGGACGAUGCCCUUCAACACUUGGCACAGGGGGACCUUUAAAUUUUGAAGCACAAUGAGCCACAGACCAGAGCCACAAGUAACAAGUUGUUUGAUAAUACAUUUUGCCCAUUUUAACUGACAACUUGCUCUCUUCCUGUGCUUAAGUAACCAUAUUCAUCUCCUAUAUAAAUUUUCAU